UGACUGUCGUAAACAGUUGUGUAGUUUUGUGUUAUUACGGGAAAAGUUGUCCAGAAUGGAAGUGAAAAGUUUGAGGAUCGAGCAACAUAUGUUGGAGGAGGCAGUGCAACAGCAAUUAUCGACUGGUACAAUAAAAAUACUGAACAUUACGAGUCGUUGCAUCUCAGCCCGAGGAUUCAAUUUUUUAAGCGAUCUCUUCAAAGUUUCUGUAAAGUACCGGGUAGCGUCCAAAAAUGAACACUCGAAACUGGAACGUUCGACGGAUUUAAUUAUUAAAUUGGAACCGUUCAAAGAAUUUGCACGGGAGAUAGUUCAACAGCAGGAUCUUUUUCAAAUUGAAUUGAAAGUUUUACGCGAUGUUUUACCGAAGAUAGCAGAUCUGGUCGAUCAUCCAAUAGGACCAUGUUUAUGGUAUAGCUGCGACAAUCCUUAUGUUUUUAUUAUGGAAGAUUUAAACAAGCAAGGAUUUGUCAUGAAAUGUCGCCAGAAAGCAUUGAGCUUUGAACAAUGUUGCUUAGUUAUACAGACCAUCGCGAAAUUUCAUGCAGGUUCCGUUGCUGUUCACGAGAGGAAUCCUGGAAUCCUGGAAUCGUUCGAAAACGGUGGCAUUGUGUCAAAGAAAUGUCCACAAAAUUGCUUCCGAAUGAUGCAAGUAAGCCUCUUGCGGAUAGGUGACCAGUUGAAAAAUUGGACGGAUGUUGAAUCCUGUGCUAAAGCGGCUCCCAAGAUAAUUAAACUGGCAGAAUCUAUUGGAACGAAAUGUAUUAACGUCUAUAAAUAUGAUUCCGAUGAAUUCUGCGUGUUAAAUCACGGAGACUGUUGGAUUAAUAACGUUAUGUUUAAAGACACUGAGCAGGGAAAAUCUGUCGAUGUGCGCCUGGUCGACUACCAAAUGUCUGUUUAUAGUUCUCCAGCUAUCGAUUUGUUGUACUUUCUUAACAUAUGUCCCGAAUUCUCUGUGAAAUACGACAACGAUGACUACUUUUUGGAAUUAUAUUUAAGCACCUUGAAAGAAACAAUGAAAAGCAUCGGUUGUAAGACAAAGCCGCCGACGAUGAAAGAAUUGAAAGAAGCGAUACACAAAAGGAGAGUGUACGCGGUUUUUGCUGGGGUCGUGCUUUAUUUGCGAAUGAUGGCUAACAAGGAGGAUAUCGAAGACUUCACCGAAGUGGUUAAGAACUGUGGCGGUGAGACUAAAAUGGACGUUUUCAGAAAUCCGGACGCGGUGAAACUAGCGAAGAAAAUGAUACCAGUCAUGAACGAAAGAGGUUACUUCGACUGA